UUCUGGGCUGCUGUUUUUAUAUAGUUUUAAUUUUCUUGAAGUAAUGACACUUCCCAAGCGCACACACACACACACACACACACAGAGUUCUUAGCCUACUGUUUCAUUUUGUAUAGCUUCCCUCAUUUCCCCUGAGUUUCUGUUCUUUACUUCUUUUUACUGUUUGCAAAAAAGGGAUUGAAGGGAAACAGGAAGAGUAAGAGAUGGCAGGAGGUGGAGCUGCUGUAUCAAAGGAUGACCCGCCGCCACACCAACCUAAAGAUCAGCUUCCCAAUGUUCAUUACUGCAUUACUAGUCCUCCUCCAUGGCCUGAGGCUAUCCUUCUGGGGUUCCAACAUUAUCUGGUAAUGCUUGGCACAACGGUAAUCAUACCCACCGCGCUCGUUCCUCAAAUGGGAGGAGGAAACGAGGAGAAAGCACAAGUUAUUCAGACUCUGCUGUUCGUUGCCGGGUUGAACACUCUGUUGCAAACAUGGUUUGGAACCAGAUUACCAGUUGUGAUAGGAGGUUCAUACACUUUUGUCGCGCCAACAAUUUCAAUUAUCCUGUCGGGUAGAUGGAAUGACCCGGAUCCUAUAUCGAGGUUCAAGAAGACGAUGCGAGCCACUCAGGGUGCACUUAUUGUUGCGUCAACCAUUCAAAUAGUGCUUGGUUUCAGCGGUCUUUGGCGCAAUAUUGCAAGGUUUCUCAGUCCUAUUUCAGCUGUUCCUUUGGUCGCGCUUGCUGGUUUUGGGCUCUACGAAUUCGGUUUUCCUGGGGUUGCCAAAUGUGUGGAGAUUGGGUUGCCGGAGCUCGUGCUUCUGGUUUUCUUUUCUCAGUAUCUGCCACACUUGAUACGCCCCGGAAAGCAUAUCUUUGACCGGUUUGCAGUUAUUAUCACUGUGGUGAUUGUGUGGAUUUACGCCCAUUUACUUACUGUUGGUGGAGCCUACAAUGGAAGGUCCCUAAAGACGCAAACAAGCUGCAGAACUGAUCGUGCUGGACUUAUUGAUGCUGCUCCAUGGAUAAGAAUCCCAUAUCCCUUCCAAUGGGGAGCACCUUCGUUUGAUGCCGGUGAAGCAUUUGCUAUGAUGAUGGCUGCUUUUGUUGCUCUUGUAGAGUCAACUGGUGCCCUGAUUGGUGCUUCCAGACAUGCCAGUGCAACCCCGUUACCACCAUCGAUCCUCAGCCGUGGUGUAGGUUGGCAGGGUGUCGGAAUCUUGUUGUCUGGAUUGUUUGGAACUGCGAACGGAUCGUCAGUAUCUAUUGAGAAUGCUGGCCUAUUGGGACUAACGCGCGUCGGCAGUCGAAGAGUCGUGCAGAUAUCUGCUGGAUUCAUGCUCUUCUUUUCUGUUCUUGGGAAAUUUGGGGCUGUUUUUGCUUCAAUCCCACCAUCCAUCACAGCUGCAUUGUACUGUGUCUUCUUCGCCUACGUCGGUGUUGGUGGUUUAAGCUUUCUCCAGUUCUGCCAGCUGAACAGUUUUCGAAACAAAUUCAUAUUAGCCGUUUCUAUCUUUCUGGGCUUGUCAGUGCCUCAGUACUUCAACGAGUACACAGCUAUAAAUGGAUACGGUCCAGCCCACACACAUGCCCGAUGGUUUAACGACAUAGUAAACGUCCCCUUCUCGUCAGAAGCUUUCGUGGCCGGUAUACUGGCGUUUUUCUUCGACAACACCCUCGACAAGAAGGACCCACAGAUAAGGAAAGACAGAGGCAAGCACUGGUGGGACAAGUUCCGUUCGUUCAAGACCGAUACAAGAAGCGAGGAAUUCUACUCCCUUCCCUUCAACCUCAACAAGUACUUCCCAUCUGUGUAAUUCUUCUAUGUUUGAAAGGACAAGAGGGAGUUUUCCUCAAUUCUUGCUCAUUGAGUAGCUCUGAAAAAACUUAAGUAUGUGCCUCAUUGGCUGUUCUUUGACUUGCAUUUUGCUAUGUGGCAAUAGAAAUAUAAAAAUAGCCCCAAAGAUGCCUUGGAUUAUUUGUUAGUGUCUCUUUGUUGUUUGAUGUAAACUUUGCUGGUUAUAUAAAUUUAGCAGCAAUGAGGCAAGUUUGCUGCUUUUGGUUUA